AACACAUUCAUUCACAUAAGGGAGAGCUACUUCCAGAGUUGACUUAGAGUGAUCCGUCGCGUUUGCCAGAGGAACAUCACUGCUUCUUUAUCUGAUAUUUGUGUCUGAGGGGAGAUUUCAGGACAGGAAAAAAAAAGCAGGUUUUGUGCUAACAAGAGUACACAAUGAUCUUUUUCAUUCCUGUUUUUGGUGUGAUUCUCACUUUGUAUCAGAUUGGGAGGAAUCCUGCCGGUGCUGGGAUGUGCUGGCUGCAGCAGAGUCAAGACCAAAGGUGCGACAUGGUGCUGAUGAGAGGGGUGACCAGAGAGGAGUGCUGUGCCGGGGGCCGCCUGGACACAGCGUGGUCCAACACCAGCCUGCCCAUGAAUGAGGUCAGCCUGCUGGGCUUCCUGGGGAUCGUCUCCUGUAAACCAUGCAAAGAGACUUGCGAGGGAGUCAAAUGCAGUCCCGGGAAGGUUUGCAAAAUGAAGACGGGAAGGCCUCAGUGUGUGUGCUCUCCAGACUGCUCUCACAUUACCCGGAAGCACGCUGUGUGCGGCAGCGACGGGAAGUCAUAUAAGGAUGAGUGUACUCUGCUGAUGGCUCGCUGCAUGGGGCACCCGGACCUGGAGGUCAUGUACCAAGGAGACUGCAAAAAGUCGUGCUCCAGCGUGGUGUGUCCAGGUACCCACACCUGUGUGACUGACCAGACCAACAGCGCUCACUGCGUCAUGUGCCGCACAACUCCUUGCCCGAUCCCAAUGCCAUCUGAGCAACAAAUCUGUGGCAAUGACAACAUCACUUACCCAAGCGCCUGCCACCUCCGCCGGGCCACCUGCUUCCUCGGACGCUCCAUAGGAGUCCGCCACUACGGCCACUGCAACAAUCCUCCCCGGAAACCUCAAGAUUUGGAAGGCAGCGAGGAAAACGCGGUCUAGAUGGACACCUCCAGACACAGUCCUUUAUCAAGAGACGAGUUAGCUGACAAAUAUCUCCAAGUGUCACGCCACUAGCUUCCCGUGAUGACUUUUUUUAAAUUUGACAAUCACUCCCCCUCCUCUUUGUACACAGAAUGACGAUACAUUUCAAAGACCUCUGUUGGAAGACAUACAACAGUGUAACUGCCUCAAAAAGAGCUACAAAACCCUGUGAGCAAUUUGUCUUAGUUUGGAAAAUGGAGGCAGAUGAACACACGUGUCUCGAGAUAGAAAUAUCUCAUUGGCUCUUUGGGAGAUGUGUGCAUACUGUAAAUAGAAUACCACUACUAUUUAUUGGAGAAGGUAUCAAACUCUAUUUAUGUUUUUAUCCUAGUAACAAAUCCAUAUAUCCUUGGGAAAGCUGAUGCAUAAAAUGUAUUUAUUGUGUUUUGUUUAUUGUGUGUGUACAAUAUUGGCUGCUGGCAUUGGCAUUUUACGACUUUUUACAGUUUUUACAUUCUCCAUAUUCCCCACAAACAAGCAGUUUCCCCCCCCCCUUGAGCGGAUGGAAAGCCUCACUAAUAUGUUUGGAAGGUUGAUACCACUUUAUAGUCAAUGUGGUUUCAAUUCACCACAAACAAGAAGACAACAACUACAGUUGGGCUGUAUGUACUUACGCUUUCCGUCUGGAGGUGAGGAAGGGGCUCAGUCUAAACAAACCUGUACAGUCUCCCCCACACGCAUGUUUACUCUGGAUCCUGAUCCAAACUCUCGGCCACCCGCUGAUCACUUAAAUUAACAGUUUGGUUGUGUUUGUAGGAGUCUCAGAGGACUGUUCCCUAAGCCCUCUACAAUACCGCCUCUGUUGAGUCCUUGGAUUUGUUUUGUAAACGCAUUUUUGUAGGUCAUGCUCGUUCCUUCCGUUGCUGUUUUGCUGCUUUGAUUUGAUUGGAAACUUUUAAAGAACUUACCGGACAGACAAAUGUAAUCAGCACAGUCUGAUUGAAAGGAAAAUCAAAUUUGUCUGAGAAUAAACUGCCAAUUGAACAUACCUGAUUAUGGUCAUCAGUGAUGAUGAGACAGUCUGUUCACCUAGUGGUAAAUCCGGUAGAUAUCGAUACGAAUAGUCAAAUGGUCAAUUGAAUCUUUAAACUCAAAGCAGAUGUCUUAAAUACUUUCAGUAAUCCUUAUUUUGUUUUAUGGAACAUCUCAAUGUCUCUCCUGUAAAUAACAGUCUCAUGUGUACCUACCCGUGUACCUACUGUGAAAUUUGAAUGACAAAUGCAUCAACAUAUUUUUGUAUUUUUGUACUGCCAUUUCAAAACAACAUAAAGUUUAAUAUUUGUC